GCAAUGAGGGCGCAACGAAGUCGUCGCUGUAACUCUGUCAAGGGUUAAUUGGACGACUUCCAUCGUACCAUAUCGGACGAGUCCGUUACAUCGUGGUGAUUAUCAAUGGGAUCUGUGCGUCGCGGCCAGCCCAACACUAAUUUGUGUUUCGACCGCGAUGAGGGACAGUACCUAACUUACCUAGUAGGAGAGUCUGGAGAAACGAGGUGUCCAUGUCGAAGUUCAAAGAUAUAAGAACACUUAGUGCUCAGGUCAACAAUGAAGAAUUCAUCCUCAUCAUCCAGCAUCAACAUCAUCAUCAUCAGCUUCCUUCUUCAGUUCUUCAGCAGGCCUGACCUAGCAACGUGAUUAUCACUCCGCUAAUUCACCAUAUAUUUUUUGAGAUCUCCCUUGAUCAAUCCCAUUAACUAAUUCAAAAUGGCCACCACUAGCACUACCUCCGCUAUCCCCAUGAAGAACAACGUCGCUUACAACAGCGACUCGGAGUCAGACGGCCAGGCCCGUGGCGGUCGUCGUCCCCAGAACCAGCUUUCCCAGGCUGCUCAAGCUCUGCCUAAGCUACCUACCUCGGCGGGACUAGCUCAACCAGCAGGCCAACUUUUGAGGGGUGCGACCGACGAGCACGGCAACCAGAAGUCCGCCGCUCUCCUAGUCGGUAUCAAGCUCGACUUGGAAGCGGAAGUCCACCUGACAGCCCGAGUGCGCGGUGACAUCUGUGUCGGUCUUUACUAAGAGUGAUGCAUACCUACCUACCGACAUAUAAUAAAGAGUAGCGCGGAUAAUUGUUCUGAUUACGGAGGGAAAGCAUAGCGGUGCGAUAGUAUCGUGAGAAGCGAAGCGAAGCUGGAGCUGGAGCACACAAGAUACCCCAUUUUGCAAGGAUUGAACAAGGCAUAACAAAUGAAGUCGUCCCAACACUGAUGCCCCUUACACGAGGCUGUGCGGGCUGGCUGGCCGCCGCAUAGCGAAGUUGAUAAUAAUAUCACGACUUGGAGAUCUCGUAA